AUGUCCUCCCAUUCUCAGCGCAGCGAUCGCUCGAGAGGAGAGCUGGUAAUUGGCAUUCAUCGGAGGGGACAUGUGCACAGAUCAUCAGAGCAAUGAUGAUCAAUGUGCCCUGAUGAUCAGUGUGGCCCCAGAAGUGCCACCUGUCAGUGUCCAUCAGUGCCAGCUGACAGUGCUGAACAGUGCCACGUGCCAGUGCACAUCAAUGCCAAUCUGAGCUGCCUUUCAGUGUCACCCAUCAGUGCCACCUAUCAAUGCCUAUCAGUGCUGCCAAUCAGAGCCACCUAUCAGUGCCCAUCAGUGAUGCCUGCCAAUGCCCAUCAAUGC